AUGGCGCCACCGCAACCGGAAGAUUUAUUUGUUCAGACAAUACAUGGCGAAGAUAUCAGCCAUCCGCCACCGUCCAAAAAAUUACGAAAAAGUCGAUGUACUCCAUUGUUCAUGAAUGCCUUUACCAUGAGAGAAGCCGGUGCUGUAAUACAUACGCAUUCAAAGCAUGCUGUCAUGGCAACACUUUUGUAUCCUGGGACAGAAUUUAGAAUAACUCAUCAAGAAAUGAUCAAAGGAAUACAGAAGCAUAACUCAGGCGGUAACUACAAAUAUGAUGAUGAAUUGAUCGUGCCUAUUGUUGAAAAUACACCAGAAGAAAAAGAUCUAAAGAAAAGAAUGGCCUUGGCAAUGGAAGAUUAUCCAGAAUCCUGUGCUGUACUUGUUCGUCGUUAUGGAGUUUAUGUUUGGGGACAAACAUGGGAGAAAGCCAAGACUAUGUGCAAGUGUUAUGAUUAUUUAUUUGAAAUUGCCAUCGAGAUGAAGCAAAACGGCCUUGACCCUGAAGAAGUACCGAAACCUCCAAAAGGAGCUUACAUCCAGUGAUAUAAAACACUUUGACAACCACGAAAGCCCAUAAUAAUGCAAUAUUCACAAAGACAUAACCAAUCAACAUAAACAAUG